UUGGAGUAGGGGGUGGGCAAGCAAGAGGCAGUUUUGGGCGGGUGCUGGUGCUUGUAGCAAUUGUGUAGAGGGCUGAGGUGGAGAAGCAAGUGUUUGGGAGAAUAAGGGCAGCUGGUUCUAGCAAAGCAAGGAAGAAAGGAAGAAAAGAAAGACAAGGGGGCUUUCUCCACUGGGAUGAGAGGAGUCCUUCCACUAGGCUGUCCUCAAGCUGCUUGUGCAGCAGAUGUGCCUGAGGAAUGGUCAUUGCUUGCAGUCUCCUGUGCUGUGUGUUAGUGCAGCUGAAAAUACUGAAGGCGGGCGCAGCUCUGCUGGGAGCAGAGUGGCCUUUUUCUUGUUGGCUUUUGUUGUUGGGUUCUUUUGGUUCUGUUUUUUCUUUUCUGCACUUUGCCUGUGGGCUCUGGGCAGAGCUCUGUAAGUCUAUGUGCCACUUGCCUGUGGCACUGUGGAGGUGGGCCAGAGGAGCUUCCUGGAGCUGUGUGCAGAGGUUUGCACAUCAGCCCAGGCCGGGGUGCUCAGUGGCGGGUCAGUUUGAUGACUGGGUGUGGCUCUGGACGCUUCCCUUGGAGCGUCUCCAAGGCAUGGAACGUUGGAGCUGCCAGCAGGGUGAUGUCCCAGAGAGGGGAAGGUUGGGGCUGUGCCACUCCUUGCCCAGCCCCAAGAGCUCUGGCAGCACCUGGAGGAGACACCAAGGCCGAGCUGGGAGGGAGGCAGCAGGAUGAUGGAGUGCAGGCCCCUGCCCUGCAGAGACAGGCCAGGAGUGGCAGGCUGGGCAUCCUCGGGAGCGGUGUGCAAAGGCUCCUGCAGCUUCAGCCGCCUCGGAGCUGCGAGCAUUGCAGCGACGGCCGAGGUGUCGGGCAAGGGCCCGGCCCUGGCUUGGGGCUGGGCUGGUGGCCCAGGGAGCAAAUGAACUUGCAGCUUGUGGGCCAGAGGCUGGAAGAGCAGGGGCAGUGGUGGCUGGGAGAGCCUGUUGGCAUGGGCCUGCAGCAGCAGGACACAGGCAAUGUCUUGAUGGUGCUUGGAGGCCAAGUGAGUUGGGAUGUGGGGAUGGACUUGUUCCCUGGGAGGGUGGUGGGGCCGUGGGCCAGAGUGGGCGGAAAAGCUGCGGCUGGCCUGGAAUGGCUGGAAGUGUGCACGGGCUGGUUGCAGGGGCCUUGGUGGCCUGAAGAGGUGGCGUGGUGUGGCCUGGUGUGGUGUGGCAUGGCAUGGAGCAGUGUGGUGUGGGGAUUGCAGUGUGAUUGGGUUUGUGAAAGUUGGGAGGGAUAGGGAUUAAAAGGGGGGAUGGGGCAUUGGAGUAGGGGGUGGGCAAGCAAGAGGCAGUUUUGGGCGGGUGCUGGUGCUUGUAGCAAUUGUGUAGAGGGCUGAGGUGGAGAAGCAAGUGUUUGGGAGAAUAAGGGCAGCUGGUUCUAGCAAAGCAAGGAAGAAAGGAAGAAAAGAAAGACAAGGGGGCUUUCUCCACUGGGAUGAGAGGAGUCCUUCCACUAGGCUGUCCUCAAGCUGCUUGUGCAGCAGAUGUGCCUGAGGAAUGGUCAUUGCUUGCAGUCUCCUGUGCUGUGUGUUAGUGCAGCUGAAAAUACUGAAGGCGGGUAGCAGCUCUGCUGGGAGCAGAGUGGCCUUUUUCUUGGUGGCUUUUGUUGUUGGGUUCUUUUGGUUCUGUUUUUUCUUUUCUGCACUUUGCCUGUGGGCUCUGGGCAGAGCUCUGUAAGUCUAUGUGCCACUUGGCUGUGGCACUGUGGAGGUGGGCCAGAGGAGCUUCCUGGAGCUGUGUGCAGAGGUUUGCACAUCAGCCCAGGCCGGGGUGCUCAGUGGCGGGUCAGUUUGAUGACUGGGUGUGGCUCUGGACGCUUCCCUUGGAGCGUCUCCAAGGCAUGGAACGUUGGAGCUGCCAGCACAGUGAUGUCACAGAGGGGAACCUUGGAGCUGCCAGCAGGGUGAUGUCCCAGAGAGGGGAAGGUUGGGGCUGUGCCACUCCUUGCCCAGCCCCAAGAGCUCUGGCAGCACCUGGAGGAGACACCAAGGCCGAGCUGGGAGGGAGGCAGCAGGAUGAUGGAGUGCAGGCCCCUGCCCUGCACAGACAGGCCAGGAGUGGCAGGCUGGGCAUCCUCGGGAGCGGUGUGCAAAGGCUCCUGCAGCUGCAGCCGCCUCGGAGCUGCGAGCAUUGCAGCGACGGCCGAGGUGUCGGGCAAGGGCCCGGCCCUGGCUUGGGGCUGGGCUGGUGGCCCAGGGAGCAAAUGAACUUGCAGCUUGUGGGCCAGAGGCUGGAAGAGCAGGGGCAGUGGUGGCUGGGAGAGCCUGUUGGCAUGGGCCUGCAGCAGCAGGACACAGGCAAUGUCUUGAUGGUGCUUGGAGGCCAAGUGAGUUGGGAUGUGGGGAUGGACUUGUUCCCUGGGAGGGUGGUGGGGCCGUGGGCCAGAGUGGGCGGAAAAGCUGCGGCUGGCCUGGAAUGGCUGGAAGUGUGCACGGGCUGGUUGCAGGGGCCUUGGUGGCCUGAAGAGGUGGCGUGGUGUGGCCUGGUGUGGUGUGGCAUGGCAUGGAGCAGUGUGGUGUGGGGAUUGCAGUGUGAUUGGGUUUGUGAAAGUUGGGAGGGAUAGGGAUUAAAAGGGGGGAUGGGGCAUUGGAGUAGGGGGUGGGCAAGCAAGAGGCAGUUUUGGGCGGGUGCUGGUGCUUGUAGCAAUUGUGUAGAGGGCUGAGGUGGAGAAGCAAGUGUUUGGGAGAAUAAGGGCAGCUGGUUCUAGCAAAGCAAGGAAGAAAGGAAGAAAAGAAAGACAAGGGGGCUUUCUCCACUGGGAUGAGAGGAGUCCUUCCACUAGGCUGUCCUCAAGCUGCUUGUGCAGCAGAUGUGCCUGAGGAAUGGUCAUUGCUUGCAGUCUCCUGUGCUGUGUGUUAGUGCAGCUGAAAAUACUGAAGGCGGGCGCAGCUCUGCUGGGAGCAGAGUGGCCUUUUUCUUGUUGGCUUUUGUUGUUGGGUUCUUUUGGUUCUGUUUUUUCUUUUCUGCACUUUGCCUGUGGGCUCUGGGCAGAGCUCUGUAAGUCUAUGUGCCACUUGCCUGUGGCACUGUGGAGGUGGGCCAGAGGAGCUUCCUGGAGCUGUGUGCAGAGGUUUGCACAUCAGCCCAGGCCGGGGUGCUCAGUGGCGGGUCAGUUUGAUGACUGGGUGUGGCUCUGGACGCUUCCCUUGGAGCGUCUCCAAGGCAUGGAACGUUGGAGCUGCCAGCACAGUGAUGUCCCAGAGGGGAACCUUGGAGCUGCCAGCAGGGUGAUGUCCCAGAGAGGGGAAGGUUGGGGCUGUGCCACUCCUUGCCCAGCCCCAAGAGCUCUGGCAGCACCUGGAGGAGACACCAAGGCCGAGCUGGGAGGGAGGCAGCAGGAUGAUGGAGUGCAGGCCCCUGCCCUGCACAGACAGGCCAGGAGUGGCAGGCUGGGCAUCCUCGGGAGCGGUGUGCAAAGGCUCCUGCAGCUUCAGCCGCCUCGGAGCUGCGAGCAUUGCAGCGACGGCCGAGGUGUCGGGCAAGGGCCCGGCCCUGGCUUGGGGCUGGGCUGGUGGCCCAGGGAGCAAAUGAACUUGCAGCUUGUGGGCCAGAGGCUGGAAGAGCAGGGGCAGUGGUGGCUGGGAGAGCCUGUUGGCAUGGGCCUGCAGCAGCAGGACACAGGCAAUGUCUUGAUGGUGCUUGGAGGCCAAGUGAGUUGGGAUGUGGGGAUGGACUUGUUCCCUGGGAGGGUGGUGGGGCCGUGGGCCAGAGUGGGCGGAAAAGCUGCGGCUGGCCUGGAAUGGCUGGAAGUGUGCACGGGCUGGUUGCAGGGGCCUUGGUGGCCUGAAGAGGUGGCGUGGUGUGGCCUGGUGUGGUGUGGCAUGGCAUGGAGCAGUGUGGUGUGGGGAUUGCAGUGUGAUUGGGUUUGUGAAAGUUGGGAGGGAUAGGGAUUAAAAGGGGGGAUGGGGCAUUGGAGUAGGGGGUGGGCAAGCAAGAGGCAGUUUUGGGCGGGUGCUGGUGCUUGUAGCAAUUGUGUAGAGGGCUGAGGUGGAGAAGCAAGUGUUUGGGAGAAUAAGGGCAGCUGGUUCUAGCAAAGCAAGGAAGAAAGGAAGAAAAGAAAGACAAGGGGGCUUUCUCCACUGGGAUGAGAGGAGUCCUUCCACUAGGCUGUCCUCAAGCUGCUUGUGCAGCAGAUGUGCCUGAGGAAUGGUCAUUGCUUGCAGUCUCCUGUGCUGUGUGUUAGUGCAGCUGAAAAUACUGAAGGCGGGCGCAGCUCUGCUGGGAGCAGAGUGGCCUUUUUCUUGGUGGCUUUUGUUGUUGGGUUCUUUUGGUUCUGUUUUUUCUUUUCUGCACUUUGCCUGUGGGCUCUGGGCAGAGCUCUGUAAGUCUAUGUGCCACUUGCCUGUGGCACUGUGGAGGUGGGCCAGAGGAGCUUCCUGGAGCUGUGUGCAGAGGUUUGCACAUCAGCCCAGGCCGGGGUGCUCAGUGGCGGGUCAGUUUGAUGACUGGGUGUGGCUCUGGACGCUUCCCUUGGAGCGUCUCCAAGGCAUGGAACGUUGGAGCUGCCAGCAGGGUGAUGUCCCAGAGAGGGGAAGGUUGGGGCUGUGCCACUCCUUGCCCAGCCCCAAGAGCUCUGGCAGCACCUGGAGGAGACACCAAGGCCGAGCUGGGAGGGAGGCAGCAGGAUGAUGGAGUGCAGGCCCCUGCCCUGCACAGACAGGCCAGGAGUGGCAGGCUGGGCAUCCUCGGGAGCGGUGUGCAAAGGCUCCUGCAGCUUCAGCCGCCUCGGAGCUGCGAGCAUUGCAGCGACGGCCGAGGUGUCGGGCAAGGGCCCGGCCCUGGCUUGGGGCUGGGCUGGUGGCCCAGGGAGCAAAUGAACUUGCAGCUUGUGGGCCAGAGGCUGGAAGAGCAGGGGCAGUGGUGGCUGGGAGAGCCUGUUGGCAUGGGCCUGCAGCAGCAGGACACAGGCAAUGUCUUGAUGGUGCUUGGAGGCCAAGUGAGUUGGGAUGUGGGGGAUGGACUUGUUCCCUGGGAGGGUGGUGGGGCCCGUGGGCCAGAGUGGGCGGAAAAGCUGCGGCUGGCCUGGAAUGGCUGGAAGUGUGCACGGGCUGGUUGCAGGGGCCUUGGUGGCCUGAAGAGGUGGCGUGGUGUGGCCUGGUGUGGUGUGGCAUGGCAUGGAGCAGUGUGGUGUGGGGAUUGCAGUGUGAUUGGGUUUGUGAAAGUUGGGAGGGAUAGGGAUUAAAAGGGGGGAUGGGGCAUUGGAGUAGGGGGUGGGCAAGCAAGAGGCAGUUUUGGGCGGGUGCUGGUGCUUGUAGCAAUUGUGUAGAGGGCUGAGGUGGAGAAGCAAGUGUUUGGGAGAAUAAGGGCAGCUGGUUCUAGCAAAGCAAGGAAGAAAAGAAA